AUGUCUGGCCCGCGCCUAGCUCUCGCGGUGUCGAAGGCUGGUGGUCUGGGGUUCAUUGGCCCCGGCGCGAAACCUGAAGACACUGCUAAAGACCUUAAGACGGUGCGUGAACUGCUUAGGGAGAUACAGGAAUCCACCUUUCCAGACUCAUAUCGAUCUGGGAACGUAUUACCUGUGGGUGUUGGGUUUCAGCUCUGGAACGGAGAUCUUCAGUCAGCAGCCAAAGCCGUAGGAGAACAUCAUCCUUGCGCUGCAUGGCUAUUCGCACCUCGACACGGACAAGAAGAGUUGGACGAAUGGACGGCUCGUCUUCGGGAGGCGUCUCCUGGUAUUCAUAUCUGGAUCCAAACCGGAACCUUGAAGGAGAGUGAAGAGGCUGCGAAAAGUGCUCAUCGACCAGAUGUGUUGGUCAUCCAAGGCACAGAGGCAGGUGGCCACGGAAGAGCAACAGAUGGCAUGGGCAUCAUGACGCUCUUCCCAGAAGUCGCAGAUCACGUCCGUGAUUCGGGUAUGUCAUUGAUAGCUGCCGGGGGAAUCGCCGACGGUCGCGGUAUAACUGCUGCACUGGCCCUUGGAGCGCAUGGCGUGGCUAUGGGUACUCGCUUUCUCGCAUCAACCGAAGCCCGUAUCAGCAAGGGUUAUCAGGACGAGGUUGUACGCGCCACGGACGGUGCUCAAAGCACUACUAAAACCAUGCUAUACAAUCAUCUACGAGGCACGAUGGGUUGGCCCGAGCAAUAUAGCCCGCGCGGCAUCACGAACAAAAGCUGGCACGACCACCAGGCGGGUGUCUCGUUUGAGGAAUUGAAGAGACUUCAUGAUGAAGCUGAGAAGUCGGGAGAUGCAGGAUGGGGUCCGGAAGGAAGACUGGCUACGUAUGCUGGGGCUGCGGUCGGCCUUGUGCAUAGUGUUGAGGAUGCUGAAAGUCUGGUGAAGCGGCUGCAGGACGAGGCAAAAGCGAUAAUCAGAAGCUUGCACGAUGAUGCUUGA